AUGCACUUAUGGCCGAUUAGCCCGCCUCAAUUGCUUAAAAUACCGCCACGCAACACGAAACUAGACAAUGGCCCCAUAAACGACGAUAAUAUCCUUCAGUCAAUGGCUCUACCUCAGGCCAAUGUCGUUAUCAUACUAACUCCAACGAGAGUGCUCAUUUACAAUUUUAAGCCUAUGGCGUUGGUUGCAAGUCAUGAAAGAACUACGGCUUCUCUCAAAGAAUUUGGUGAAAACAGGUCCAUGAAAAGAUCUGCUCCAUAUAAUGAUAUCAUUGAGGGACUUAUUUCCAAAAAAGAUUCACAAUACUUAUUGUGGCAUCAGGGGAAGCUUGUGUUUUACGUUAUGACUGACAAAAAUUUUCUUUUGACCUACCAAAUUCUAAAAAAUUGCACAAAUGAGAUAAUUUUCAAAGAGUACGGAAUACCUGUUAUAGAACCUCUUUUACUCAACGAAGAAGAAAUGAACAGCGGCGAAUAUGAUUUCAAUACAGACGAUGAUACACUUACAGUGUUUGACAAGAACAACUCUUCAAAAGUUAUACAGAAUGGGUUUGGUAUAACUAAAGAGAAGGGUUUCCUACAUUUCCUUUCCAAUCAGGAAAAUAUCGAUGAACUUCCAGUAAAGAAAUUGGAACUUCGUUUAAAAGUUGUCCUGAAAUUUGAUUAUGAAAUCAUAGAUAUGAUUGGCAUCAAGACGUUUUCCAAGGUUGGAGAUGGGCGUUAUGAGGAAGUUUUGAUAGUUCUCUUUCCCCAUGGAUUGCAAUUAUUAACAAUAUUGGACUUUAAGGUCAGUAAAAGUUCGUUAGUUGAAGUAAAGAACGGAAUAAAGACCAUAGUGUGUAAUAAACAACUAAUGGUUCUAUCACAUGAUCCCGAGGAAAAACAAACCAUAGUAAGCAUUAUAGACAUAGACAAGCAAGCCAUAGAAGCAACACCAUUGUUAGACAUUCCGGAAGAACCGCUGACGUGUUUCGAAGUUAACGGAAGAUUAUUGAUUGUUUUCAAAGAAAAGAUAGUAUGCUUUGAUUCAAAAAUUAAAAAAAUAAGCUAUUCUUGGAAACCGCCAUUUGUAAUAAAACUUUGCGGUAAAAUUAAUAGUGAAAUUUUGCUCCUCAUUUCUGAGGAUAAUAGGAACAUUCAUUUUUAUACGGAAUUUGGAAACCUCCUGUUUGCCACAUAUUUUGACCAGGACGACUAUGAUGAAGAUAACGAUGAUGAGAACGUUAAAAGUGAAGAUAAAAAAAAGGUGGCCAAGUAUGAAAUAUCUGAUUUUGCCUACCUGGACAAAUCCUUGAUAACAGUAUCUCGUUCUGGAGAAUACCAAUUUUGGAAAUUAUGGGAAGAAACGAAACAGACGCAAUUCGAUUUCAGGAACCCCAAAUCCUACGUAUUGACCAAUACAAAUAACGAUAUAAUCAUAUAUUCACCAGUGGCCAGUUCCUCUUUGAACAACGAUAACUUACAAGUCAUCAAACUUCCUACGAAGACUUUCAAUAAUCAUAUCGCUUUAGUAAAGAUUAACUCCUCUUUGAAACUAUGUGCCACUUAUGUGUCGAACAAAAAUAUAUUGCUUAUUCAAAAUUUGGAAACCAAUGUAUGGUCUAGUUUUGCAGACCAAAAUGUCUUAGAUUUGCAUUGGUUGGGUGAUAACUAUUUAAUUUGUCAUAUGAAAAAUAGCGAUGGCUCAACAAGUUUGGAAUGUUUACGAAUUCCCCUUCAGGAGGCGAAUAAGGACAUAGAAUUGUCGGAUUACAUUAUCUGGGAAUACAGGAUUCCAGAAAAUACGACUGUGUUCAGUGUACAUGUUAAUGCCCUAUUUCGGUACAAACUGUUGAAAAUAAAAUCCAAGGACAACGAAACUUCAGAAAAGCAGGCGGAAGCUUUAUUUAAGACAGCAGAGGUUAUCUUAGUUACUGAUACCCAAACAAUUGUUUUUGAUGUAAUUUCUACUGUCCACCCAAGUGGGUUGAACCUCAUCAAAAGAUUUUAUCAAUACCUAAAAAUCAGUAUUCCAAUUGAUGUACAACCUAACAAGAUUGAAUGGAUAACGAAUAUGAAAGAUGGUUUGUUAUUUUUUGCCGAUAGGAAAAUCAUGAAAUUAUGCAAAUUGAAUGGAGGAGGCUGGCAAACCUUGACUUUACUAAGUAACAUCGAAAGAAUAGUUGAUGUUAUCAAGGACGAAAUAUUCCUGGUCCAGGGCCUCAAUUACGUCAUAUACUCUUUAGAGGAUUUAUGGGAUGAUAAAAAAUCAUUGGUUUCGAUCCCAAUUGAAGAAGAUUUAUACCCGAUAUCAAUUACACCAGAAGCCGCUACCACGCAUACACUUCACUGCAUUUUCAACACAAGAUUUUCCAAACUGGUGGUAAAGCACCAAAUAUACCUUGAUCAACUGAUCUUAGCCAAGUUGAGAGAUGGUAUAAAUCUAGAAAAUAUUUCAAGUGACUAUCGUUCUUUAAAGCACUAUAAAUUUGCACUGGAAAAGAUUUUAUCUACUAAAAUACUGCAAAACGAUUCUCUAGAUGACAUCUUGAAAUUAGUCAAGAUGUAUGAUAAUAGCGACUCAGAGCAAGACACACCAAUGCCCAACCAUAGUGGUAUGUUAGAAAUUAUCAGUAACUGUUUGCGAAAGAUUGAAACCAAGUACUGGAACCACCUUUUCACUAAUCUUAAGAUGACGCCAAGAGAUUUAUUAGCUUUAUGCAUAGAAGAGAACGAGGCCAAGAUGCUUGGAAUACUUCUUCUGGUGUUUUUGAACUACGAUGAGAAAGAGAUGGUAAAUGACUUACAUUUCAGGAAGCCAGAGGUGGAAACAAAAGACAACGAAACCACAGAUGAUUCAUCAACAAGAUCUUCAGAUAAAUCUGUUACAAACGUAUUAAAGGAUGAAGAAUUGAUGCUAAAAGUUCUAGAGCUCCUGGUGACAAGUGCUGCAAAUGCUACGGACCCAAUGAAAGCUACCGAUUCGUGGGACAUGUGCUUCCAAUUGAUCCGCUUACUUAAGGAAUUGGACAAAGAAAACAAUACGCGAAUGGUACAGAAGGCUCUCGAGAGGCUCAAGUGA